GUUAGCUACGUAGUAGCUCUUGAGAAUACACGGAACUCACGGUUUGCUCAGUGAAGUGACAGACAGCUAAGACAGUAAAGGUUUUAGAUUAAUUGUUCUAUUCGUUUCGUUUGCAGCUCUUGGGAGUCUAUUACUAAGUGCAGUUUAUUUGUUUGUAUGCGUUCCUGUAGCGUGUCUACUUUUUAGCUGUUCAAACUCAACCCAACCUGUCAAGCCGUUCCAAUGCCGAGGAAUGGAUAGUUUGCCAGUCAAAGGUGGAAGGAUGGUUCAAAAUAAUUAACUAUCGGACGGGGACAGUGAAGGUGGCGCAGCGAUGGACAUGGACGCACUCCACCAGUGCGAACUAAUCCAGAAUAUGAUCGAGAUCUCAAUCUUUAGUUUACAAGGACUCCGAACCAAAUGCGCUGCAUUGAGCGACCUCACUCAGAAAGAAAUACGCACUUUGGAGGUGAAGCUGACUAAGUACAUCUGUAAGCAGCUGCAGUGUAAGCAGAGAGUGCCUGAGAGACAGAGGACCCAGGCUCUGGCCAGCUACCCUCGACUGGUAGACUGGCUCUGCACCAUCAACCUCAGACCUGAACUCAUACAGGCUGUACCAGUGAAGCUGUCCCUGGAUGCUUUGUUGCAGAUGUCCAGUUGUCAGGUGCAGGACACCAUGAGACGGCUGGGCUCCAACCCAGAGGAGUGCUCUCGACUCACCGCUGCCCUCUCCUGCCUGAAGAGUGCCACUGAGACAGGUGGGGACGUCAGGGAAGACACAGGAACCUGGAUAUCAGAGUCACCCCGCCAUGACAGUAACACUUUACCUCCUCCGGACCGUCGCCCCUCCACCCCCGCCACACUACCCCGUGGCUCCAUCCUCAGUCCCCACACCCAUGCCCGUUCUGUCUCUGUGACUGUUGUACCCAGUGUGGACGAUAAGGGGCAUCAAGUCUACACAGGCGACAUGUCUGACGUUUUCCCCUCCUCGCCGCUGCUCCUGUCCAAUUCCCCUCCCUCCAAGAGACGCACCAAGCACCCCCCACGUACGCCCCCGCCCCUUUCCCGAAAGCUGCUGCAACUCCCCUUCAACAUCACCCUCACAAGCAGCAAGAGCGACGAGUCACAACUGGCCAAUCGCAUUGAAGAGCCAGUGCCCAACAACAAGGGUGGGAAGAAGAACAAGCUGCUCCUGAACGUGCACAUCAACAGUAGCAGUGGGAACGGGUGUGAAGACUCUGCACGCACCCCUGGCCCGGCAACCGCCCCCUACACCCUCCCAGGCACCCCUACGCUGCUGGAGCAUAACCUGGCAUUGUACCGGGGGUCUCCACAGAUAAUGAGGAGAGAUAUCGGCCUCUCUGUAACACACAGGUUUUCAACCAAAUCCUGGCUCUCACAGACAUGCCAGGUGUGUCAUAGGAACAUGAUGUUUGGUGUUAAGUGCAAACACUGCAAGUUAAAGUGCCAUAACAAAUGUACCAAAGAAGCCCUUCCCUGCAGGAUAUCUUUUCUACCAUUCCCGCAAAUCCGCCGGGCAGAAUCUGUACCGUCCGAUAUCAAUAAUCAAAUUGACCGUACGGCAGAGUUACCAAUCCAGUUUGGCACUUUACCUAAGGUGCUAACCAAAAAGGACUACCCUCCCAUGCUGAGCCAAAUGGAUUCCAGCAGUAACCCCUCCUCCACCACUUCCUCUACGCCCUCCUCGCCCACCCCCCUUCCGCAGAGCAACCCCCCCAGCGUCACCGCCACACCGCCCCCCAAUCCCUCGCCCGGACCCCAGGGGCCCCGAGACAGCCGCUUCCACUUCCCAGACACUUCCUCUUCAACUUUUCCUGUUGGACUACACUCUGAAGGAUACCAUGGCACUGGAGACACACAGCAACUGGCCCAAUCAGAACCUCCAUCUCAGGGACAGGAAGGAGGAGCGGAAGAGGAGGCAGAAGAGGAGGAAUACCCAGGAGAGGAGGAUGAGGGAAACAGUAGCAGGGAGGGCAGAGAGAAGGGCCACUCAAACGGAGAGUGUGAUGGGGACGAGCUAGAGGACCUUCCCAGCUACCGGGGCCGGAUGGCCGGGGGCCGAUGGAAGGGGCCCAUCUCCCGUAAGGCCAGCCAGACCAGUGUGUACCUGCAGGAGUGGGACAUCCCCUACGAGCAGCUGGAGCUGGGGGAGCUCAUUGGCAAGGGCCGUUGGGGGAAGGUGCAUAAGGGGCGCUGGCAUGGAGAGGUGGCCAUCCGGCUGCUGGAGAUAGAUGGUAAUAACCAGGACCACCUGAAGCUGUUUAAGAAGGAGGUGAUGAACUACAGACAGACCCGCCACGAGAACGUGGUCCUCUUCAUGGGGGCCUGCAUGGCCCCACCACACCUCGCCAUCAUCACCAGUUUCUGCAAAGGUCGGACACUAUUCUCUGUUGUAAGAGAUGCCAAAAACACGCUAGACAUCAACAAGACAAGGCAGAUCGCUCAGGAAAUUGUUAAGGGUAUGGGCUACCUUCAUGCUAAAGGAAUCGUUCACAAGGACCUGAAGUCCAAGAAUGUGUUCUAUGACACAAACAAAGUGGUAAUCACAGACUUUGGUCUUUUUGGAAUAUCCGGAGUGGUACAAGAGUACCACAAGAGGCGAGAGAACGAGCUGAGGCUCCCUCAUGGCUGGAUCUACUACCUGGCCCCUGAGGUCGUCCGCAGGAUGGGCACUGGGAACCAUGAGGACCGCCUGCCUUUCUCCAACACUGCAGACGUCUACGCCUUUGGCACCAUUUGGUACGAGCUGCAGGCCCGUGGCUGGCCACUCACCAACCAGCCGGCAGAGGCCACCAUCUGGCAGGUGGGCAGCGGAGAGGGCAUCAAGAAGGUCCUGGCAAAGGUCAGCCUGGGAAAGGAGGUCACGGAGAUUCUGUCUGCCUGUUGGUCCUUCAAGCCGGAAGAGCGUCCCUCCUUCACCCAGCUGACUGACAUGCUGGAGAAGCUGCCAAAGCUCAACCGCAGGCUCUCCCACCCAGGACACUUCUGGAAGUCAGCCGAGCCCUGGGUUCAUCAUCAUUGCCUGCGGGACCAUUGCAGUCAGGGCCUGCAGUCUCGCUGCCCCUACAUAUACAAAUAACACAUCUCUCAGUGGCUACUUGUGCUUAUCAAUCAUCAGGAAUAGCCUGUUUGGUAUUAGAUUCAGAGGAAUGGACUACCCUGCAGAAGGACAUCAACUGGUAUCACAGCCAAUAGAGUAACCAAUAUAUAGAGUCAUGUAUCUUUGUCAACUUGCUUAAUGUACCAUAAUGGGUUGUUUGUUAGUUUCUUGUUCUUGGACUAACUGCAGUUCAUGUAUUGACAUUUUGGUAGUAGUAGUGGCUAAUGCAAACAGUCUAGUCUAACCGCUUUCUUUAAAUUUUCCUCUCUCACGCUCUCUUUCCCUCUCUCUCUCUCGCAUGUAUGCAAGAGGAAGUAAUAAUAUGAGGUUCAAUGUAAAAUGUUGAUUUGCCUCAUAUGCACUCUUUGUGUGCCUGUGUCAGCAUGCCCUGUGUGUGUGUAUAGGGACAUGUGUGCAUGCUUGUUUGAUUGGUAGCUGAAUGUAAUGUGCUGGACAUCCAGAGGUUAACCCUGUGAAAGACUGCAGUGAUUGAAUGUUAGCAGUGAUAACAAAGAAAUGUAUCUGAUAUAUACGUAUAUAUAGAAUUGUUUUAUUUAAUGUACAGAUAACAUUUAUUUUACUAUGUGUACAAAGUCUUUAUAUUACAUUGUACGUUACAUUAUAGGUACUUCACAUCUAAUUAUGUAGAGCUUUAAAACACUUUUUUCCCCCACAAACACUGUGUAAACAAAUUGUACAUUAAAGAUGGGUUGGUGUUUUUUAUGUCAUAAGAAUUUAUAUUUUUGUACAGAUUGUGGCUACACUAAAAGUGUUUCUGGUUUCCUCAGUGAAAGCCAAUAAAACUAAACUCAAGUAA